AUGUCAGACAUGGCAGAGAAUUCGGUUCCGGAGGCUGCACUGGCAAGGGAUACUGCACCUGAUGACUCGCGAUCGUCCUCUAUCAAGAAUGAAAGCCCAACGGAAGAAUUCAAGCUGGGGAUGAGAGGCAUUCUGGUGUUCGUAACACUGGCAGUCCUCACCCUCAUGGCAGCACUUGAUGGAACGUCGAUUUCGGUGGCAUUGCCGGCUAUCUCAAAGGAUCUCGAUGGGUCAGCGAUUGAGGCGUUCUGGAGCGGAACGGCCUUUCUUCUCUGCUCGACUGUCUUCCAACCUAGCUUUGCCUCGCUGUCCAACAUCUUUGGACGACGCCCUCUGGUCAUCACCGCCAUAACCUUCUUCUUCGUCGGCGCCGUGGUUGCCGCAGUGGCCAAGAACUUCACCUACAUGCUCGUCGGUCGUUCGAUCCAAGGCGUUGGAGGCGGUGGUAUUAUUGCUCUAACGGAGGUAAUCAUCACAGACAUUGUGCCCCUGAGACUCCGAGGCCAGUACUUUGGCGUUUUUAGCGCAAUGUGGAGCGUUGGGAGCGUACUUGGCCCUGUCAUUGGGGGCGUGUUUACACAGGACGUCACAUGGAGAUGGAUCUUCUAUAUCAACUUUCCCUUCAUCGGGGUUGGAAUCGUUCUCGUCAUUCUCUUCCUGAAAUUGAAUAUCAUCCCGACAUCCUGGACCCAGAAGCUGCGCCAGAUCGACUACAUUGGAACCAUAAUCUUUGUCGGCAGUCUUUCAUCGUUCCUCAUCCCCUUAACUUGGGGUGGUGUCCUCUACUCCUGGUCCUCGUGGCGUACGCUCGUACCACUUCUCAUCGGCGUUGUGGGCCUGGGCGUCUUCGUCUUCUGGGAGAGUCGGAUGGCGACGGACCCCAUUAUCCCUCCUACCAUCUUUCAGAACCGUACGGCCACCACUUCGUUCAUUGGAAGUGUCCUGCAAGGCCUUGUCCUCUGGUGUGCCUUGUACUACCUUCCGCUCUAUUAUCUGGCUGUCAAAGAGUAUUCCCCCAUCAUUUCAGGUGUUGCAUUGUUCCCAGAAUCCUUCACGGUUGCCCCGUCAGCCAUGGUCGUUGGCUUCUCGAUCACGAAGCUGGGUACCUAUCGCUGGGCUAUCUGGUCCGGUUGGGCUCUCUCCACCUUAGGGAUGGGCAUCAUGUGUCUGAUCAAGGUCGACACCUCGAUCCCCGCAUGGGUUUUCCUCAACCUUAUUGCAGGCCUGGGGUUAGGAUUCCUCUUCCCGUCCCUUGCGUUUGCGGUGCAAGCCUCGUCAACGAAUGAAAACCUGGCCAUCGCCGUCGCCAUGUUCAGUUUCUUCCGAGCUCUGGGGCAGGCUAUCGGUGUUGCGAUUGGAGGCGUCGUCUUUCAGAAUCAGAUGCGACAGAACCUCUUGAAAUAUCCGCGCCUGGCACCAAUGGCAGAUGCCUAUAGCCAGGAUGCGGCGGGACUGGUCCAGGUCAUUCGAGGAAUGCCUGCGGGUGUUGACAAACUGAAUCUGAAGGAAGCAUACACUGAUAGCUUGCGCAUUGUGUGGGCAGUGUGCUGCGGAGUGUGUGGUAUCGCACUGUUAUUGAGUUUCCUGACCGAGCAUUAUGACCUUGAUAGAGCUUUGGAGUCCAAGCAGGGGUUGAGGACCGAAAAGGUGACCGACGAGGAGAAGGAGACGCGGUAA